AAAACUAAAUAUGAAGAAGCCGAGGGGACUUUAUCUGAUAAAAGUUCAGAACAUGACGAUAUAAAAAACGGUACCCUUCCCUCUGAAGAAAGUAUAAUUGAAAAGACUGAGAGUGCACCAACUAUCAAUUACAUUUUAUCAAACGAUAUUAGUAAGCUCAGAGAAACACAUGAUGAGGAUAUCGAUAGCUACCAACCUUUGUAUAGGUCAUUGGUUGAUACCUUAGAAGAAGUAUCAGUCGAAUAUGAUGAAUCUGAUGCGGAUUCAAUAUAUGAUAGUAGAAAUAAUAAACAGUUACUUAACUCUAUAGAUACCUCAAUAGACAGUGAUGAAUCUGAUGCUACAGAUAAUGUAAAUUAUGUUUUAGAAGAUAUGUCCUCUGACUUUGAGGGUUUUGAAACUCAAACACAUAAACAUUAUGUGCCUCUUUGUAUAAAACAAACACCAUCUACUUAUGAAGCAACUAAAAUGGCAUUUACUAUUUCUCUAUUAAUCCAUCUAGAGCAUAUUUUAAACAACCUAGCACUUAUGCCAAAAAUGUAUUUUGGCACCGGUGUUAUAACAAAUGAAAAGCAAGAAUUUUGGUAUGGCAAAUUAUGGUAA